AUGGGAGAAGGAGAAAGAACUCUACUGGUCAUGAAGGGGAAAGGGGGCCCCGCCACAUGCCCCAUGGAGGUGGAGAAUGAAAGAGCAGAGGACGGCGAGCGCGUCCAGCAGCUCCUCCAAGUCAUCGCUGAGUUCAAGCGGCGUGAAUAUAUACAUUUAUCCUUAAUUUCUUCCUUAGAGCGUUCCCUAUCUAAGGCGCAGUGUUGUGGGGGCCCCUGGUCCUCUUAUAUAUCUAAUAAUGGUACAAAGGACAUAAGGGUACAGGAGGAAGUGGGGGCCCCCCAGGUAAAUAGCCCCCAUGGGGCCCCUUCUAUAUCAGCUGGGGCCCCCACAAACCCUAAUUUAGGGGCCCCCUUUCUUAGGGGUCUAGCUGUUGACCCUGUUACCCAAUUAGAGAUAAAAACCCUAAGAAUGAGACUAGCGGAGGCAGAGGGGGCCCUAGAAAGAAAUAAAGAAACACAGACAGCGCAACAAUUCUCGGGGCAAAGGCAACUACGGGAACUAAAUGCCGACCUUGAUGCAGACAACGAAGAUUUGUCGCAACAACUUCAAGCAGUUUUCGUUCAAUUCAGCGAAGUAAAGACGGAGAGAGAUUCUUUAAAGUUGCAGGUUGAGGAUUUAGAGGCAAAGCUGAAGGCAAUGAAGUUAUCUCGUCCUUCACACCCCGAAAGAAGCUAUGGAGGCCGCGCAAGUCCUUCAGGCAGUAGAGGGGAUAGGAGGCCCUCAUCAACAGCCCCAUCAGGGGAUUUUGGUUCUCGUGGGGCCCCCCACGGGGCCCCUCAUGGGGCACCACAUGGGGGCCCCCAUGGGGGCCCCCCAAGAGAUGAGAAAAGUAGCAGGUCUAGUAGGAGGGUAUGGGACGUAGAGAGGUCCCCUGAGGGGCCCUCAAGGAGAGGGGGGCCCCCUGAGGGGCCCCAUUCCUCCUCUCAUAGUAGACCCUCAAGAGGAGAGAGAGAAAGACUAGAUAGAGAUAGAGGAAGAGACAGAGAUAGAGAAAGAGAAAGAGACAGAGAAAGAGAUAGAGAAAGAGACAGGGAAAGGGAAAGGGAAAGGGAGAGAGAAAGAGAAAGAGAAAGGGAGAGAGAAAGAGAGAGAGAAAGAGAGAGAGAAAGAGAAAGAGAAAGGGAAAGAGAGAGGGAGAGGGAGAGGAGACAAAAAGAUACCCAAAGGAGACCCUCAGAGGAAACAAGGGCAAGAAGGGGAUCUGCUACAGCCUCCUCAAGACAGCGCAGCAGCGCUCGUUAG